AUGGCCGACGACCUUCCUCCCAACCGCCCGCUUCCGUCGUCGUUCGACGGCGAUGAUGACUUUUACAAUGAGACGUUCCUAAAGAAAAUUACCCGUCGGUCGCUGGAGGAGCCACUGGUUCCUAUCGGCUGUGCAUUGACCGUUGCAGCCUUCAUCAAUGCGUACCGUGCCAUGCGCCGUGGAGACCAUCACCAAGUGCAACGGAUGUUCCGUGCUCGUGUGGCAGCUCAGGGAUUUACUGUGUUGGCCAUCAUCGGUGGAGGCAUUUAUUACGCCGAUGAACGUGCCAAGCACCGGGAGUUGUGGAAGGUCAAGCGGAUGCAAGAAGAAGAGGAGAAGCGGCAGAGAUGGAUUAAAGAACUCGAGGCUCGCGACGCAGAAGAAAAAGCGCUUCGGGAGUUGAUGGAGAAGAGGAGGAAGCGUGCUGCGGACAAGGAAGUCCAUGAGACGGGCAUUGAGACUGUUGCCAUACAGGCGAGGGCCGCCCUCAAGUCAGCAAAGGAAGGCAAGGCUGUCAAGACCGAGGACACAGCAGCUCAACAAGUUAUGGAGCAUCAGGACCAGCCUGCAGAGUCGAAAAGUACGAGCAGUUGGUCUUGGGGAUCUCUUGGAGGGUGGUUUGGUGGAUCAAAAUCAGCCUCGGCUAAGAAUUCGGGCAGUGAUAAAGAAGCCUGA